AUGCAGACGUUAUUUUGGACGAGUUUGACCAUCGGGAUCCUGAUUCAAAGGAGCUCUGCACGACUCUUGGAUGACCACUGCAAAACUUCAACGGGAAUGAGAGUUUGGAAUGGCGAAAACGCUGAACUGAAGGCUGCUGCUUGGAUGGCAGGCGUUCGAUUUGUGUUGACCGCCGCUCAUUGCAUUAAAGAUCAGGGCAAUCUAUUCGUGAGAUUGGGAGCAUAUAACCUAUUGCUCCCUGUCGUAGAGUACAGUGUCAGCAAUGCGGUGAUUCACAGAGAAUACUUCUCCGAAACAGGCCAAAAUGAUAUUGGCCUGCUUCAACUACCUCUCAAUAUUGUGUUUACUGGGCAAAUCUAUCCAAUCUGCAUUGAUUUAAAUCCCACGGAGAAAAGGGAAGUGGAGAAUGCUAACACAUUGGAUGCCUAUGGCUGGGGAAAAACGAGGACAGCCAACAUAAGUGAAAUUCUUCAGAGAGUAACACUUCAGCACUACAAUCCCCGAAGGUGCAACAGGAUAGCUCGUGCGCCACUUACCUUAAAUCAGAUUUGUGCUGGGUCCUUGGAUAGAGACACCUGUAAAGGCGAUUCUGGCGGUCCGCUGAUCCAAAAACUUAAUUAUAAUGGCACUCGACAUCUGACGCAGUUGGGAAUUGUAAGCUAUGGUUCAGAAUCAUGCAAAGGACUGGGGGUCUAUACCGAUGUCACUAGCUAUGCUGAGUGGAUUGAUGAGCAGAUUAAAGCUCUAUUUUCCAAGUAUUCUAGGCAGUCUUCCCCCACUGGUAAGAAUGUCGACAAAAUGUAA